AUGCCUGCCAAAGACCCAACCACGCCAGGAGGGGACCUCCUACCACAUGUGGUAGGGGAUGACGGGACCGUGUCCAUAGUUGCUUUGGGCGGCGCCAUGGUGACUCGCGUGCUGGCCCAGGCCGAGGCAGAAGCACUGGAAAACAGCACCAACGCCAGCACCAGCACAAACACACGCCAGUUCCACUUCGAGGUGGUCAUCCAUCCGGACCAUCCGCGACUCCGCGGCCUCCCCAAGCCGCCCACACACUUCCACCCGUACCAGGAGGAGUACUUCACCGUGGUGCAGGGCGCUCUGGUCGUGGAGAUCGAAGGGGUCGAGCGCGUCGUGCGGCCGGGCGACGGCGAGGUUGUGAUCCCCCGCAGGGCAAACCACCGCCUGUGCUUUCCCAGUCUGGUCGACUUGGGCCGGGCGCAGCAGGAGCAGGGACAGGAACAGGAGCCGGUCCGCUUCUACGUCUCGGGCGAGCGCACGGACACCACGGCGGCGCUGGACCUGGUCUUCUUCGAGAACUGGUACGCCUACCAGGAGGAGGUGGUCGUGCACGGCAAGCGGCUGGACCUGAUCCAGCUGCUGGCCACGUGGGACGCGGGGGCCUCGUGCCUCACGCUGCCGCGGUGGGUGCCCUUCCGGUCGUCGGUCUCGCGGGCGCUGGGUGUCGUGGUGGGGCGCUGGCUGGGCGGCCUGUUGGGCUACCAGCCCUUCUACAGAGCCUGGACCACGGACUGGGAGCUUGCGUGCGCCAGGAUGGAGACCUCGGUCUUUCAGCGGCGCUUUGCUGACCGCGCGAAGACUGCAUGA